GGCAUGCGGGAUCCGGCAUGAUGUGUGUGUCGUGAACGGUUCGUGAGAUUUGAGGAUGAGUGGAUGGUUUGCGUGGUGUGACUGUUGCUGGUGGUGGAGGAGAAGUGCUGGGUGCGUACUACGUAUAUACAGGAAUGCAUGUAUAAGAGAGGGGGUAGAGAGGUAGAUGCUGGAUGGGAAGAAGUGGGAUCUCUCCAUCUCAUACUUAUAUUCCCAUAUCUCGACACAUGUUUGAUUCUCAUCCCGUCUGCAAUCAUCAUCGUCGAUAUACCUACCGUACGGCAUUACACCAUACAAGCAUCGCUUUUUUCACUCGUCGCUUUUCACUCUUCACUCUUUAAUCUUCCAACCCUUAUCAUUUAGCUUUUUUCACAUUUAACUUUUCUCCCCUGCGCCAUCAUCAUCAUCAUCCACACCGGAUUACUCAAUCAAUAAAUCCAAUCCAAUCACCAUUCCCACAAUUCCAAUCCAUCCAAGGAAGAUCAAUCAUCUCUUUUUCAUAGUCACUAUCCUCCAUUCAGAUUUGGCUGAGAAGUGGGAGUUGGAAGUGGGAGUGGAAGUGGAAGUGGAAGGGCGGGGGGUAUCCAACAAGGUGUUUUUAUUUGCAUGCCUCUCCAUCCUUUCGUCCUGGAACCAUUUUUAUCUGCACGCAUCUCACACCUCCAUAUCCAACAGAACAGCAGAGACCCGCGAUCCGAGAUCCGACAUUUCUCGCAGACAAGACAAUACCUGCGUGGUCAUCCAUCCCGUCCCGUGCACGUGAAAAUCAAAAGGCGAACAAGACGAGAAAAGACAAAAGAGAAAAAGAGGGCGGUGGUAUAUAGAGGAGCUACCUCUCAAGGUUCGCAAAAUUCAAGGGUCCCCGUUCAUCUGCAGACGUUAAAUAAGCCUUUGGGGGGAAAGAGACUUUCUUCUUAAUUCCUUCACUCUUUCACACUUACAUCCUUUUCACACGCACAUCAAACCCGUUUUCUGUCACAGCACAUCGAAGCAUCUCUUGGAAGUGUCGAUCUUGGAUCUUCAUUCGUCAUUCUUCAUUCGCACACACACGUUAUACACUUCUUAUACUUUGGUACCAAGUGUUUGAUAGUUGAUCCUCCUUUGUUUCUCCGACUACUGUUCUUCGACCGACCGUGAUACGACAAUCUUCUUGAACUUCCUCUUGAACUAUCCAUCGACCUUCAACCUCUACCUCUACCUCGGUCUUUCAUUCAAGUCUUCAAGAUGACUGACUUCAAUCCAAACGUCGUCGAUCUAGACACCGCUGAUCCAAGAGAUAUCAUUUGUUAUCUUGGUCUGGGUGAAAAUGAGUACAAUGGAAAAUUGGGAGCUCGUGUCUCUGCUCUCUUCGUUAUCUUGAUCGUCUCCUCGGCUGCUACCUUCUUCCCUGUUGUUGCUGCAAGAGUCAGCUGGGUUAAGAUCAACAUCUAUGUCUACCUCUUCGCUCGUUACUUUGGUGCUGGUGUUAUCAUCGCAACUGCCUUCAUCCAUUUGCUUGAUCCCGCCUAUGGAGAAAUUGGUCCCGACACUUGUGUUGGAAUGACUGGUGGCUGGGCCGAUUAUUCUUUCGUACCUGCUAUUGUUUUGCUUUCAGUCUUGUCCAUCUUCAUGAUGGAUUUCGCUGCUGAACAAUAUGUUGACCGCAAGUAUGGCUUUGCACAUGGUCCAUCGAUCGAAGAUGUUGUCACCAAUCAACCUGGCAAUAACACUACUCGUCGCGCCACCCUUACACACAAUCAACUUCAUUCUGGUGAUCAAGAUCCAAACCUCUUCGACAACAUCGCACAAGCUCAAGAAUCAAAGGAUCACAGCCCUGCAUCCAACUCUUUCUCAAAUGAAAAGGAUGUUGAGAAGAUUACCAUUUCCUCGGAGAUGGCAGAAGAACGUUCGUUCCGUCAACAAAUUUCUGCUUUCUUGAUUCUCGAGUUUGGUGUCAUCUUUCACUCUGUCAUCAUCGGUCUCAACCUCGGUACUGCUGGUGAUGAGUUUUCAACUCUCUACCCUGUCCUAGUCUUUCAUCAAUCCUUUGAGGGUCUUGGUAUCGGUGCUCGUAUGUCUGCCAUUCCCUUCCCCAAGCGUUUCUCUUGGCUUCCAUGGGUUCUUUGCGCAGGUUAUGGUCUCACCACACCCAUCGCUAUCGCCAUCGGUCUUGGUCUUCGCACAACUUAUAACUCUGGUUCAUUCACUGCCAAUGUCGUUUCUGGUGUUCUCGAUUCCAUCUCUGCUGGUAUCCUCAUCUACACUGGUUUGGUUGAGUUAUUGGCUCGUGAUUUCUUGUUCAACCCAGACUUGACUCAUGAUAAGAAGAGACUUACAUUCAUGAUCUGUUGCGUUUUACUCGGAACAUUUAUCAUGGCUCUUCUUGGUAAGUGGGCUUAACUUAAUCUUCUGGAUUUGUUGAACAUUUCCUCUGGUGGACGUUGGUUGGUUUCUUAUAUCGGCGGAUGGUUUUCUAGUUGAUGGAUGGUUUUCAUAUACCCAGGAUUUUAUUUUCUCAUGCGAAAAAUGAAGUUACACAUGUGUAACUUGUAUUUAGGAGGGGUGGAAUGGAUGAUUUGAUGGAUGAAAAUAAAAGUGAGGUUGCAUAUUCUUGAACUUGCACAUUUCUACUUUUUUUCCUUUUUCGACAUAGCAUAGGACUUUCUUUACCUUGGUUUACUGAAUGGUUUGAUGAUGAUCAUAUGAGUUAUGACUCAUGAAAUGUAGUCGAAUGCAGGAUGGAUGAAAGGAAUUUUAAUAGAUUAAUAGAGCUGAUAUUUUGCUUGCUUUUA